AAAUUAUCUUGUAGGAUCUUUACUUUGCUUUGCCCCAAAGAAGUUAGCUUGCUUUGCCUCCGAUAUCGAGUGCUCUUUAUCGAUACCAAACUCGAUACCCACGGGCCCACGGUUCUACUUUCGUUUUUCAUUUGUUGUGAUUGUUGUGUUGAGAAUGUGUUGAUAGUUGAUCGACCUGCGUUGUUGAGCAACGUGCCUGCGUUUUGAUUUGAGAAACAGCAAGUAGAUCUAGAUCUAGAUCUAGAUCUAGAAUCUAGCUCAGGAUCCUUAGUUUGUUUAGCAAACUAUACUAUGAUACUACACUGAACAUCAUGCCUUUUAGUUGUGGUGUGUGUGGUAACAGUGAGUAUGAUGAAGAAGAUGGACUUUUCUUUUGCACAGAGUGUGGUACACAGUCAGAGGAACUGAUUGUGAAAGAAUCACACAAUGAUGAUGGGGUUGCAGGGGCUCUUGGACAUGAAGUGAAGGUUUUGAAAAGUCAGGAAACUCCAACUACUUCAAAGAAAUCAAAACUCGGCCGUCCCUGGACAAUUUAUGAAGGAUUUCAGUACAUUCUGAUAGCUCAAGCAGAGGCUCUAAUCAAUUUGGGUGCUGAUAUCACAUUGCAGGAGACUGCUUUCGCAAUAUGGGCAAACUAUCUGUCAAAACUUGGCAUUGCGUUUUGCAAGAAAGAGAAAGUGGUUCCAGAUCUUGUUAAAGAGACUAAAAUUGGCCGUUUGAGAGAACUGCACAGAGGUACAUUUGACAACCCUCUGAAUCAUCAAAGUCCUUUUACAUUGAAGAAAGGAAAGAAAAUCGCACAGCAGAACCGUGCUGCAUCGUCAGUGGACCCGUGCACGGCUCAGGGCGCAGAUUUGGAAGAUCUGGUGGAGAGGGUGGAGGAAGGCUUUAUUGACGAAGAAGAGGGGAAGUUGACUGACUAUAACACCAGGCUCCGAAUUAAAAAAAAUACUGAGAAGUCCCCACAGUGGAUGUGCAUGCCUAAAACGUUGGCCAUUUGUUACAUCGGGUUGAUGAUCUCAAACCCCAGAAUUCUUCCCUGUGAUGUCAUCAGAUGGGUUUAUGAUGGCAAAAUUCCAUACCUGUCAGCUACAGAUGUCCUUCCAGAAGACCUUGUAUUUUCUCAGCAAGAUGCAAAUAUAUUCUCUGGUGAUAUUAAUGUUUGCACACUGCUGACGGAAGUGAACAGACUGAUGAAGUAUUUAGGCAUUCACAGCCUCUCUACCAACUGUUUACAGACAGUGAUACGUAGAUUUGUUGAUGAGCUUUCUUUGCCAGGUGACAUGAAGGGCGUGUGCUGCAAGCUGAUGGAGGAAGCAAAGUACCGCUUGGAGGGAAAGAGAGAUGUGUAUCGCAAACAGGAGUUGCUGGCAGUGGCUUAUAUCGUCACAGCGUUGCGAAUGAUUUUCUCCUUGGAUGGAAAGAGAGAAAAGCACUUGUCUGCAUACUCGGAACAAGUCCAAGGACUGAUAGGAUCAGAUCCAAAGCUGUUUGUUUGGAACAAUUGGAGAAAGUAUCAGAACAGCAAGCCUCAUCUAGAGUUCUCAGCUGUCACCGAGAACUGUAAGGACAUAUCAAAGUCCACGCUGAUGCAUCUAGACCCGAUUCUUGAGUGGUUCAAAGGGCUGAACAGAGACAAGAGAAAAGUGGCCACCCUCUUCUCUCUGUACUCGGAGACAGUAUCAUGGGUGAGAGCAACUCCAGAAUUCCUCACAGCUCUGCAGAGGCCUUUAGAACAAGCUCAUAAAAAACUGAAGUCAUCUCAUUCACGGGAACAAGCACCAUCAGAUACUGACCAGCUGGAGGACUUAUUGCAGCGUCAGACCCACUGUCCCGUCCAGAUGCCAUUCUUUCACCCGGUGACCUCUGACCAAGCCUUGAUGCGGUCAAGACCUCGCGCUUACAUCUGGCUGCUGCAGCUGUGUUGUGAUGUGAUCUACCCCGGCGGGGGCCCCAAAACUGACUUCCUGUGUACCCUGGACCAACAAGUUAUCAAGGUUCAGGAGGCGUUGAUAAACCCUCCCUCGAGGAAACGUAGAAGAGACAGUUCUAGCGACAGGGAGGAGGUUGAGAGUAACGACAGCGCCUCACUUUUUGAUGAUUAGUAUUAUGUUUAUGUUUUGCCAGCUUUACUAAAACAAAAUAUACGACAAUUUUUUUAUAUAUAUGUA